UCAAAGAGGGAGUGGGGGGGCGCCUCCCCACCACCAGCAGAGCAGAGCGGACCAUCACAUUUCACCACCACCUCUCCCUCCCUCGCUCUCUGCGCUGGCGCCUGGCGGCCGAGCGCCGCGAGCUUGGCCUCGGCCUCGGCCUCGGAGGAGCUGAAGCUGACCCCGCGGCCGGCCGCCGCGGCGACGAGCGACGCGGAUUCGGCAGCCGUGCGCGGAAUGCCCGUGGACGGAGGGAGGGAGUGACGGCGCAGCUGACCUGAGCUGAGGCCGCGAGAUUCGGGAGCCUCGCUCGGGGGCGGGCGGGCUUGGAGAUUCGCGGCCUGCGUAGGCGGGGGCGCGCGCUCUGCGGUGCGGCGGCGGAGCUCCAGCCGGUUUCGCCAGCGUGUGGGACCUCAGCGCGAUGGCCGCCGCCGGGUGCGGCGGCGGCGGCGUCGGCGACGCCAAGUACAACUCGUACAAGGCGCCGGGGCUGCGGGGCGCCUUCCUGGAGGCGGCGCACGUCUCGUGCCUCGAGGACCGGUACGCGCUGGGCCCGCAGCUUGGGUGGGGCCAGUUCGGCGUGAUCCGGUCCUGCUCCGACCUCGUCACCGGCGAGGCGCUGGCCUGCAAGUCCAUCGCCAAGGGCCGCCUGCUGUCCCCCGACGACGUGCGCGGGGUCAAGCUCGAGAUCGAGGUCAUGGCGCGCCUCGCGGGCCACCCCAACGUCGUCGACCUCAAGGCCGUGUACGAGGACCACGACUCCGUGCACCUCGUCAUGGAGCUCUGCGCGGGCGGGGAGCUCUUCCACCGACUCGAGGAGCGCGGAUGCUUCUCCGAGCACGAGGCCGCAGUGCUGUUCCGGUACCUCAUGGAGGUCGUCGCGCAUUGUCACAGCAAAGGGAUCGUGCACCGGGACCUCAAGCCCGAGAACAUCCUCCUCGUCAGCAAGUCGCCCUCGUCGCCGAUCAAGCUCGCUGACUUUGGACUCGCUACCUACAUCCAGCCUGGUCGAAGCUUGAGCGGCAUGGUAGGCAGCCCGUUCUACAUUGCGCCAGAGGUGCUCUCCGGUGGAUACAAUGAGGCCGCCGAUGUCUGGAGUGCGGGGGUGAUACUCUACAUCCUCCUGAGUGGCAUCCCGCCAUUUUGGGGGAAAACCAAGUCCAAGAUUUUCGAGUGCAUCAGAUCGAUGGAGCUGCGAUUCCCUUCUGAUCCAUGGGAUAGGGUUUCUGAUUCGGCCAAGGAACUAGUCACCGGGAUGUUAAGGCGUGACCCUAGACAACGACUCACGGCCAAGCAGGUUCUAGAGCAUCCGUGGAUGCAAGAACACGCGGACCAAUCACAAGAUUCCUGCAGCCAUUGCCACGAGAUCGGCCUCCGGCGGGAGGACCCUGGCUCAUGCUCCUUCUCCAUGCCACUAGCGUCACGGAGCAGGGACAUGAGCUUCAACACAGGCGGCGCGAUCGCCUGCCAGGGCACGCCAGAGGACGAGGCGUGCUGCUCGCCCACGUUCGCCACCGCCUGCAGGUCGUCCUUCUCGGCGUUUGUCACCGACCCAGCCCCGUCGUCCUGCCUGGCCUCCACCUCCGGUGGCUCUGGGUUCUCAUUCGGUGGGGCCUGUGAACCGCCCUGUGGAGGUUUCCCAUUGCCUGUGCCUUCCAUGCCGAGCUUCUCGUUCUUCAGCGCGCAAGACUGCAGCGAGCCUGAACCGUCGGUGGCGGCGGCAGCCGAGAAAGCUCCCUGCGACGCGACGGUGGCUGCCUCGUCCCUGAGGACGGCAAAAGGGGCCACGUCGCGGGGUGUCGUCGGCGUCAACGGCAGGCGGAACCACACGAUCGGCGCCGGCGGGCGGGAGCACCUGGACGUGGCGGUGUCGGAGUCCGUCAUACGCUGGGCGUCGUGCACCAACUUCUCCACGACGCACUCGCUCCGGGCCUCCCUCGUGUGCUAGCAAUAGCAACUAUAGUGGUGUUCCACGCGGCGCCAGCGGGAGCUGGGAUCGAUAUUGCUUUGGCCGUUGUUUGCCUGUAAAGCGCGAUGCAAUGCAAUGCAAAGGUGCUAAGGGUGAGGUGAAUUUGAGUGUAUGAGAUGAGAGGUAGAAGAGUGUAGCCUGGACUUGUAUAAUACAUAUUUAUACACACAGUGCUGUUAUAGUGGUAAUAGAUUAAUUAAAGAGUGCUGAUGUGAUUGCAUGCUGUCAUGAUGGAUGAGUACUACUACUAGUGCCUUUCGCCGUUGUUGCA